GGAACGGUGAUGGACUUCGAAGUGAUUCACGAAAACAUCGAAUAUGUCAUGAGUCAGCAGAUGCCUCAUAAAGACAAGGUCUGCUACGACGUCGUAGGCUGUUUCGACCAGAAAGGACUGCUGGCGCACAUCCGACUGCUGCCCAAGCCACCUGCCGAGCUUGCCACCAGGUUUCGGCUGCACUCGCGCAGCGGCAGCGACUUGCUCGACAUCUACGCCACCGGCGGAAUGACCCUGUCCAGGGCCUACCGGCCGGGCGCCCCGCUUAAGAUCCUGGCACACGGCCUGGGCGGAAAUGGCAACCUUACCUACCUGAACCAGAUGAAGGAAGCCUUUCUCAGACUGGAAGACGGCAACGUGGUUGUGGUGGACUGGGCGCGCGGCGCCUCUGUGCGCGACUACGCGCAGGCGUGCGUCAACGCGGAGCUCGUGGGUCGCGAGGUUGCCUUUCUGGUCUCCUCGCUGACACACAACGGCGUCGUGCUGCCCUGGAACGUGCACCUGAUCGGCUUCAGCCUAGGGGCCCAGCUGCUGGGUUUCGCUGCCAGGAGGAUGGCGCGCACCUACGGACUCAAGGCCGGCAGACUCACCGCCCUGGACUGCGCUGCGCCGUUGUUCGAGUUCCGCGGGCUGCAUCCUCGCAAGCAGGACGUGCUGUACCUGGACGCUCUGCACACGAGCGCCGGCACAAACUUGCUCCUGGGCCACGUAGGGCUGCGCAGACCGUUCGGCCACGUAGACUUCUAUCCCAACGGGGGCAUCCAGCAGAACGGCUGCGAAGGGAAUGGCCUGGCAUGUUCGCACAAGCGUGCCUACCUCUACUUUGUGGAGUCGCUGAGUCAGUGGACACGCUGCCGCUUCAAGUCCAUUGCGUGGACCGAAGGAUGCCGUUUCUUUAGCGGCAAGCGCUGCGGCCGCGGUCCAACGACGGGGCUCGAAUUUGGCCGCAUGGGCUACUUCAGCCCGUCGACUAAGGCUCGUGGGGUCCACUACCUGGAGACCAAUCCAGAGCCGCCCUUCUGCAAGGAGUAGAGGGGCCCUCUGACUAGGGCCAGGCUGAAAGGGACCGGGAAGCCGCAUCGUCUUCUGAAAUUCUGUUGUGUGAGCAGGUAGACAACGUGCGGAUGUGAGC